AUGUUGAAAUUUACAAGCCAAGAGCAAAAUUUGCUCAUUUUUAUGGCAAUUAUGUUGAUAUUGAGAGGCGAGCCAAUGUUUCACAAGUGCCGGGAAGAGGAAAUCGGAUGUGAGCUUUAUUAUCCAGCGAGACAAGCUGGCAGUUUGAGUAGAGAUGCCCAAGUUUUUCGACUUCUCUUCUGUCUUGUCUCCCUCGUCACUGCCAAUUUUACGGUCUUCAAGCUCUACGGUAGCUCGGAAAAUCAAGCUAGAAAAUCAGAGUCGAUUCGAAUUCUUUCUGCAGUUUCAUGGAUCCUAAUUGCUGUAAUUAUGCUUCAUUCAGUCUUCACCUCAUUAGUGAAUGACACAAAUCGAGCCAAUUUGACUGCUCAAAUACUUUUAAUAGCUUCUGUUGCAUGUGGAAUAGUUUCUUGGAGGGAAAAAAAUCUCUCAAUCUGUGCUCAUUUCCUUCUGAUGCCCAUCUAUCUACUCUUCGGUGACGGCCUCACCCCUGCCGUUAUCACCUUCAUUGCCUUAUCUGUGAUGAUUUGCAAUUUUGUGCCUAAAAAUUCCCUUCCAUCUGUGAUAGCCCUGCUCAUCCCGUUCGGUUUCUAUCAUUUGGGACAUUCUCCAGUUAUCUCCUCGAUUCCAUGGCAUGCUGCGUUUGUUGGGAUACCCGGAGGCGCUGCUCUCCGAAUCCUUCCUGCCAUUUUUGUACUCGUGCAUCUCAAUUUCUCAGCGAUCUCUCCGAUUUUUGUGAUUUCUAAUAGUUUGGAUUCUUCUAGUCAACAGUCUUCGUUGAGACUGACCGAGACACUUAUAUUGAUGACAAUUCGAGCGACAUUCAGUUGUUUGGCCGCAUCGAUCCACCGACGUCAUCUGAUGGUGUGGAAAAUAUUUGCCCCAAAGUUCAUAUUCGAAUGCAUUCUCACGAUUGCCUUCUUCCUCACAGCCAAUUUAUUCUCGAUUUUUAGAAAGUUAAAAGAAUGGAACAAUGAGAGAAGGAGAGAGAAAAUUCAAUAA